AUGUCUAAUACUAAUUUAAGAGAGACAUAUGAAGACGAUAAUCAAAUGGGUGAACAAACUUACAAAAGAGGCGCUCAACAUAAAUGGAGCAAGGCUAGAAAAGCAGAUUAUAAACAGUCUGAUGGGUCUCAACAACAUGCUAGUAAGAAAUUAAAGACUAAUGAUAAUCGUGAACAGAAAUUGGAUGACAAUGGAAAUCCAAUUCCAAAGGAGAAAAGACUUCCAAAAAGGAAAGUUGCUGUUAUGGUAGGUUAUUGUGGUACCGGCUAUCAUGGUAUGCAAUAUAACCCACCAAAUCCAACUAUUGAAGAUGCCCUGUUUAAAGCUUUUGUUCAAGCAGGUGCCAUAUCGAAGGCCAAUUCAAAUGACUUGAAAAAAAAUGGGUUCAUGAGAGCUGCUAGAACUGAUAAAGGUGUUCAUGCUGGUGGUAACUUGAUUUCAUUGAAGAUGAUUAUCGAAGAUCCAGAAAUUAAACAAAAAAUCAAUGAAGAAUUACCAAAUGGUAUUAAGGUCUGGAAUAUUGAACGUGUGAAUAAAGCUUUUGAUUGUAGAAAAAUGUGCGGUUCCCGUUGGUACGAAUACUUAUUACCUACUUAUUCUUUAAUCGGUCCAAAACCUGGUUCCAUUUUAUUCAAGGAUAUCGAAGAAAGUAAAUUAGAACUUCCAGGAGUUUUAGAUGAUGAUUUAGAAUCACAAAUUUUCUGGAAAAGAGUAGAUCAUGAAGUUAGACAACACUUUACAGAAGAGGAAAUUGAAGCUAUUAAAAAUUAUGUCCCUCCUCCAAGAGAUGAAUUUAACGAUAAAGAUGGCUUAUAUCAAAAGGUUAAACAAUACAAAAAGUUGGAAAACGAACAUCGUCGUAGAUACCGUAUUUCUGACGAAAAAUUAACUAAAUUCCGUAAUGCUAUGAAUGAAUAUCUAGGUGCUCAUAAUUUCCACAAUUUCACUUUAGGUAAAGAUUUCAAAGAUCCAAGUGCAAUCAGAUUUAUGAAAGAAAUCAGAGUUUCAGACCCUUUUGUUAUUGGUGCUGCAAAAACCGAAUGGAUCUCCAUUAAAAUCCAUGGCCAAUCAUUUAUGUUACAUCAAAUCCGUAAAAUGAUUUCUAUGGCUACUUUAGUCACUCGUUGCGGUUGCCCAGUUUCUCGUAUAAGUCAAGCUUAUGGCCCACAAAAGAUCAACAUUCCAAAGGCUCCAGCCUUAGGUUUAUUAUUGGAGUCCCCUGUAUUCGAAGGUUAUAAUAAAAGAUUAGAAAAAUUCGGUUACAAUCCAAUUGAUUUCAGUAAAUUCCAAAAGGAAAUGGAUGCCUUUAAAAUGAAACACAUUUAUGAUAAAAUAUACAAAGAAGAGGUAGAUGAAAAUGUAUUUAACGCCUUUUUCAGUUAUAUUGACAGUUUCAAUAUGGUAACAGGAGCUCAAGGUAUCGAAACCGACGAAAAAGUAGGUGCUGCUGUUCAAAAAAGUAUUUUUGAAUUCUUAACCGCUAGAGGCAUUCCAGAUUAUGAAGAACCAGAAAUAGAAACUCCAAAGGAUAAAUUUGAAAACUCAGAUGAACCAAAGAAGAACAAGAAGAACAAGAAACAAGAUAAAAAAAUCCAAACUGAACAAGAAAUUUCAAAGGAUAACCUGGAAUCAACCGAGUCAAUGGAUUCCUCAAAGGAAAAGUCUAAAUUUAGUUGCACUAUUCAAUAG